GUCACGAGGCAGGUCCCACUGAUCGGGUUCCCGACCGGUCAGAGGCCGAUGUUGUUCCGCAGGCCGCCACUCAGCCCUGCCAUUUCCAUCUCUCAUUCUCAAUUCAUCUUCUUUCUCUCCACUUACACACCACCAAACAAUGCCCCUUGUAGCACUCUUGGGCCAGUGCGCGGCCAUGUUCGCGGCGAGCCUGCUCCUCGGUGCGCUCCCGCUCAUGCUCAAGUCGACGUUGUCCAGCAAAGCUCUUUCGGGCAUCCAGGUGCUGGGGAUGGGCCUUCUUGUAGGCGCCGCUCUCGCAAUCAUCGUGCCAGAGUACGUUAAUCUCUGUCUUCCUGCUAUCUCAGCGUCGCAACGGAGUUGGUUUCUGAUAGCAGGGGUGUCGCGACAAUGUACGAAGCCGACGAGAAGAGUACACACGCGAUUGGCAUGUCCUUGCUCUCGGGGUUUGCAUUAAUGCUCCUUGUGGAGAACAUCUGCCCCCACCCCACCCACCCUCACCACGAAGACGAAGAUGAGGAGCACGCACACAACCAUUUCCAGACGCCGGAACGGCGCGCCAGCAUGUCGCCCAUGCUUCCGAAGGAGCAGGAGGAGUGUUCUUCGCACGCAACAGCACACGGGAUGAGCGCGACACUUGGGCUCGUCAUUCAUGGACUCGCGGAUGGGAUCGCACUCGGCGCCAGCAGCCUAUCGGAUAACAAGCAACUGGGCUUCGUCGUGUUUUUGGCUGUACUUGUGCACAAGGGCCCUUCGGCUCUCGGCCUCACCACCACGCUCCUUUCCCUGCACCUUAGCCCCGCGCAGGUGCGCCGCCGCCUCGUCAUAUUUUCUCUUGCGGCUCCGACCGGCGCUCUAAUGACGUACAUGCUCGUCUCGCUGUUUGGCGCGAACGCCGACCACGGAUUGGGUUGGUGGACCGGCGCCGUGCUACUCUUCUCGGGCGGCUCCUUCCUUUAUGUUGCGACCGUCAUCCAGCCCAUAUCCGAGACGGGGCCGGACGACCACUGCCACCACCCGCACCACGAGGUGCACAGAGAGAUUGACGCCCCGCGCCUCGACAACGCAGCGCGCACCGGCCUCAUACUCCUCGGCAUGGCGUUGCCGGCCGGCAUGUCGAUGCUGCUUGGUGGGCAUGGGCACUAGCCAGCCGUGCCACGCCGCCGGUAAGAAGCGUUGCUGCGGCGCGCACAUGGCGAGUUGGCGCUGCCGCGCGCGCAUGUUGAUCCAGUGUGAGCGGGACGGAGAGUGUGAGAGUGUGCAAGUGGAUUUGUCGAGAGUGUCAGACGAUCGGAGGUGUGCGGCGCGCAAAGUGUCGUUGAUCGCUCCAUGUUGCAUAGAUUUGUACGCUAGAGCUGAUUCCAUGCAUGGCUCAUCCUACUUAGUCAACAU